AAACACCCGAAUUGAAUUGGGUCCAAUUCCAAUUUCAAAAUUCUGGGCCCGAUUCUGAUAACCAAACGGGGGUUAGACUUCCUCACACUUCUAAAUUUUCGAUCUAACUCAAUAGGUCAAACCUAUCACUCUAUCAGUCCAUCACCAGAACAGUUUUGUAUCCUCUCCUCAUUUCAGCUCCAAUCUCACUCGCGACGGCCGGCGAUUGCGAGCCGCCCUUGCCAAGCUCCUCGGCCGCGGCGGAGAGUAGGCGACGCGCUCCGGUAAGCUUAACUAGACGAUAUGGUUAUCCCUCCACCAGCCAGAUCACCUGCAAUCACCAAGUUCCUAAAGCCCUAUGUUCUGAAGAUGCAUUUCACAAACAAUUUCGUGAAUGCUCAAGUCAUCCACACCCCAUCGGCCACAGUUGCAUGCUCAGCUAGCUCUCAAGAGAAACUCCUCAGGCCAAGCAUGGGGUCGACGCGUGACAUCGCUGCGGCGGCAAAGAUUGGGAAGCUGCUUGGCGAGCGCUUGCUGUUCAAUGGCAUUCCUGCAGUGUCUGUCUCCAUGUCAAGAGACCAGAAGUAUCAUGGCAAGGUGAAGGCUGUGAUAGACUCCCUUAGAGCUGCCGGUGUGAAGUUGCUGUAAUGGAAACUGAUGAUUUUGAAGUGGAUUGCUGAUAAGGAGAAGAAAAUGCGUGUUCUUCAGUUUAUAUUCUGUGCUUCAAACUAAACCACACUUUCUUGAGACUGCCGUGAAGUUGAACUGUGUGGCUUUGCACUGCG